AUGGCAUCAGACCACGAAGAUGACGACUUUGAUGAUGUUCCACUUCACCAUAAGAAGCCCUUCGGCUCUGGCCUGAAGCGCAAAGAGAUCAAGUUCGUGCGCGCCUCUACAGGCGAGCUCAGCACCACAGAUCAGGCCCCGAAGAUUGCCUCAGGAAAGUCAAUAAGCGAUUUGUACCUAAACUUAGUGCUUCCGAAGAACCAGAAUCAGCCCAAAGCUGAGAGUGAGAGUGUAGCGCCUGAACUCUGCGCAGUAUGCAAGUUGCCACUAUCGUCGAAGCCUUUGGCCAGAGAUGAUGGUUCCGGGAGCAUCGCAAGCUCACUGUCGCAUCACGAAGCCUCGUUGGCCCACCAAGUGUGUCUCACCCACUCGCAUCCACCAUCGGCUCUGGACCGCACUCGUAUGGGUCUGAGGAAUCUGGAAUCUUACGGCUGGAAUCCCGAUGGUCGGCAAGGCUUGGGUGCUUCGGGAGAAGGCAUCCAAUUCCCACUGAAGGUAAAGCCAAAGGAUGACACGCUCGGCCUCGGUGUGGUGAUACCUAAGGAUUUCGAACCCAAGAAAAAGGAAAAGCCACAGAAACUAGAUGCGAAGAAAAUUCGAAAGAUGGCCCAGGAGGACCGAAAGAAGACCGAGAAAUUACAGCAGCAGCUCUUUGGCCGCGUUGACUUGGACCGGUACUUGGGAGAUGGAUCCUGA